UGUCUGGAAACGAUUAAGAAAUACAAAAACUCGAAAUCCUACAAAUAAGUUUAUAUUCCAUAUCCAAAGUUGAAAACAUAAUUUUUUAAAAAGUAAAUAAUGUUUUGGCUGCGAAAUAACAAUGACGUAAACGUAGCUUAUUUUCGUGUCACGCAAUCUAACAAAAAACCGUCUGUGUGGGAGAGACUCCACUGAGGAGUUGAUUUUGUGGUCAUUUCCGGCUUUGUGGCUUUCCGUUGAAGAUCUGGGUACAAAGUCGUAAAAUUGCUUAUUAUUGAAGUAUUAACCAAAGAUUAUCUUUUUAGAGAUUUAGUUGAUAAAAACACAAAAUGGCGUCACAUCAACAAUUGUUUGAACACUUGCAUGAAUUUUCCUAGUUCUAUACAGUAAAAGAAACUUUCCAGCAAUGAAUCUUCUUUGCUAUAAUUACUUUCACCAAAAAGGAAGUUGACAUGGUAACACAAAUUGCAGCUAAAUACCACAAAUGGAUACUUCAACAAAAUGUAAAUAAGUAUGUUGAGAAGAAUAAAUUUAUUGAAAUGUAAAAACGAUGGCCGACAUUACUAAUCAAUCACAAGAAAGUAAGAUGGGUUGUUCAUUGUUACGGCAGUGCAGAAGAAGGACUCAGAGUGAACCACCGCGAAAAUAUAAACCAGGAAAAACGAAAUUAAAAGAUAUCAGCAAACAACAUAAAAGUUAUGAUGAACUUAAUAAACCAAUAAAUGAACAAUUUAAUCACCAAGAAUGUAAUAACCAUUUAUUAACACAUUCCUCGUUAACUGUGCCACAAUUUGAUACGCGGAAUAUUAAAGUGACAGAACGUUGUAAAUUAUGUGAUAAAGAGAGAGAGAAUGAGCCAAGAUUGCAUCAAAGUACUACUUUUUCACAAAAUGAAUGCCAUGUGGAAAAAUGUGAGAACACUUUCAAUCAGCAAAAUGUUUUAUCUAAAACACUUAGCUUAGACUUUCAAAAACCUGCAACUACAAUGGCGUCCUCAACGAACGAUAACAUUGAAAAUUCUUCGUGCUUUCCAAAGCUAGGUUGCUGCCGGAAAACAAAAAGAAAAGAAAGAAAUAGUAAUAAUAAUAAUACUCGUAAUACAAAAUCAAAUUGCAAUCGUAUAACUUAUGAAGAUUAUACGAAAUUGUCUCAAACUUCGUCGUUGAAUAGUAGCGUAUGUACAGGCAGUUUACUGACAGCGAGUAGCUGUUUAACGGCGUCUUCAUGCGACGCGUCCACGUUACUUUCCGAUCAAUCUUCUAUGUCGCAGGACUCAGGUUUUGACGAACCGCCUUGUUUCUUAAAUAUAAUAUUUCACAAUCAUAAGUGUAAAGGAAUGCACAGUUGUAAGAAAAAAGAUUAUAUUAGUUUGAAUUUGCAUUUGAAAGCACUAAUGAAUUGCAUGCCGAAAAGUUUUAGUGAAAGCGAAGCGAUACAGCAUCAGCUAGCAAAUUGUAGUGGAGUACAGAGGGACCCAUACUUAGCAAAAAGAAGGAACGCAAUAUGCGAGACUUCAGAAGAAAUGAGGUCGAAUUUUAGCGAAGCGUUGUGUGCUUUUUUAACUCUUCAAGCUAUGGCUAAAUACGAAUUUUUAUAAUAUAUAUGUGUAUCAUACUUUAUGUUAUUUCCGUUGUGUCUGUUGUUGUUGUUGUUUUUGUUUUUGUUGUUGUUGUUGUUGUUUUUGUUGUUGUUGUUGUUGUUUUUUGUUGUUGUUAUGUUUUUUCUUAUGUUUCUUUUAUUCUUUUUAUUUAAGAUUUUUUGUCAUUCUUGUAAUGAGAAUCUCUAGAUCAUGAGUUUUGUUAAUGUUUUGAAAUAACCGCCAGUAAAAUCCCUUUCGCUGUGUCUUUUCAAAUAUCUUUAUUAUUUUUUCACAUUUUUUCUUAAUUCCAUUUAAGACCCUCCCUCUUAUUAUAUCCCUCCACAAAAAACAUGUUACAUUUUUAAUUUUUUUUUUCAUUAAACACUCGGCGAUGGAGAUAUAUUUGCAUGACAGAGAUCAUAGUUGGAUUGACGAGUUUGUUAGAAAGAUAAUGUUUUUAUUGUGCAAAUUUUUAUCACGUGAUGGUUAUAUCACAACUUGAAAAUUUCGCACAAUAAUGUACCACCAAUUUCUUGUUGACAUUUGUACUGAAAAGUAACGGGAAGAGAAUUAUGUUAACGUCUUCAGGUGGUAACCAAAACGGAAACACUGUAUUUAUUUCAUAAACGAAUAUGCUUCGCCUCAGCAUUUUAAUAAUUUUUCUUUUUUGAGGUUUUCUAUCAACACUUACCCGUAAGUCAAAAGAUCUUGAACAUAACAAAAUAAACGAGUGUCGUGUGGGAAAUACUCGAGACAAGUGUUGCAAACUAUCUUAACAAUUAACAAAAUAAAUUAAAGAAAAUUCUUUUUUGUCAAAAGUAGUCGUACAUCAUUAUUGUUCUUUCAAAAUUACAAAAUUCACAUUCUUGUUUUUCACACUUUUGCGACAUAAUUGAAAAGGAAUUUUGAUCCCAAAGAAAAUGUGAUUGGGGUAUAUGAAAAUGUUAGUCGAUUUUGCUUUUUUUUUGUCUUAUGUUACUUUAUGUUUGUAACCUCAUGAAGUUUAUCCGUAUUGACACUUCGUGUCGAAGCUGUAUUUAUUUAUCGCGGUGAUAUUAUCACGAUAAUUUACAUUCAAGUAAACAAACCUUGAUUUGUUAGGAUUUAAAAAAAAUCACAAAAAUUGUCUUUAUUCUUAUCCUUAAUACAUUUUUAUUUUCUCGGUUUUUUUCUCAUCAACAAUUUAAUGACGUGCAGUCAACAGAUCUAGCUACGUUUUACUCCAUCCGUUUACAAGAGACAUUUGUCCCGAAAAAAAAAUUCUUUUUACUUUCAAUUUUUUUUUGUCAAUCGUUUUCAUGUAAGUUUUUGAUGCCUUUAAUGCUACAGAUUGACAUUAGAAAGAAAUUGAAUCCGUUUUUUGUAAUCUUAUUUUCAUUUCCCUGUAAAAACAAAAAAAAAAUUGUAUAAAGAUGACGUCAACCGUUCUAUCUUGAAGAAAUCGAUGUGAUAUUAUUGAUGGAGAAUUUUAACAUGAUACCUAUAAAUGGAAAAAUGCUAAAAUUCAUUUUUCGUAUUCCUUUUUAUAUAUUUAUUUUAUGUAUGAUAUAAAUAAACAGUUAUGUGUGUUUUA